AUGGCGUUUUCUCUGCAACCUUUAAUGGAGUCGAAAGACGCUGCAGAACUGAAUUUGGGCGAAGAAUUUGAGAACGACACCUGUCUGUCCAACGCCGAGGUGGCGAUAAUCUUGGAAAAGCAGCAGGGCAACUACAACGAGCAGAAGAAGAUGUUUACUGGUGUGUUUAAGAAGACGCAGUCCUACGUGACACGCUUCACCGGAACAAAAGACCCAGUUGCCAACCAAGCUGCUGUGAUCGAGAUCCGUGAUGCUCUCCAGUCACAUUCGUUUGAGCAUGACGAUGAGGUUCAUCGGCUGGAAGAGUUUGAGAUCGCAAGUUCGUCCAACUUGUGA